AUGCAACGCAUUACAUUCGAAGAUCCUGGUCAUGAAGCAAAUAAUUCCGGUGGAUAUUCAACGUAUCACAUGUUUUCCAAAACAUUUGACUGUGUAUAUUCGAGCAGAUACCCAGGUCGACGAAUCCGGUGCGGAUCUGACGAGCUCCAGAGUAUUCCUGAGAACGGAUCCGGUGGCUGGAUUUACCGAGUUUCACCUGAAACCGACCGGGGAACCUGCGAUCAAGAUAAUGAUCCACACAUGCUCGCCAAUGCUCCAGCUCCGAACGCAUGUCAUGGUAGCGAAGGUUGGUUGCCAUCAAAACUGAAAAUUUCUGAAAACUUACUUUGA